GAGUGGGUUUUUAGAAGGUCCACCUCUUCUCCUGCAGAUGCCUGCAGAUGUGGCCUGCAGCAGAAGAGGUUUUCAAGAAGAAAAAACAAACAGCACCAAAGUGAUUGAUUCAGCGAAGAGUUUAGUGGUUUGCAGAAAUGGAGAGAACUCCAGCAGCUUGUGCCAUGAAUUGGAGCAUUCAGCUUGACAAAGCCCUACGCUCCAACAACUCUGGGAAACGUACAGAAGCUAUUCAAGAAACCGGGGCCAGGCUGGAGUGGUGGAGCACGGAACCCGAGCUUUCUAUGGCUGAAUACGACAUGUUUGGCUUAAUCCCUGGUGAGGAUAAGCUAUUCGCAAACGCCAUCCUUCUGCGCCUCGCUGACACGUUUGUGUCAGGUGACAAACACACCAAACUUUGUGUUGUAAAGAUGUUCUUGUCUGAGUUUAAGCACAGGAAAACUAAAAGUUCCAAUAGGAACAACAAAGGUUUUUUCUCGAAGCACAAUAUACCAAACCACUUGGAACUAUUGAGGAGAAUAAAGUUGUGUUUCAACUCUGGUGACGAGGAAGUUAGAGCAAUGUCAUUAGUACUUUUUGGCUGCUGGUCUGAUUUUUCUAAAGAUAAUGCGGAGAUUCGAUAUCUUGUGUUUUCUUGUAUUGUAUCAUGCCAUGUUCUAGAGGUCAAGGCCUCAUUAUUUGCGGCUGGAUGCUUUUGUGAGUUUUCCGAUGACUUUGCGUGUGUAUUCCUCGAGAUGUUAGUAAAAGUGGUUUCGUCUUCUGACAUGCCAUUUGCCGGUAGGCUAGCGGGAGUUCGCGCGUUUGCAAAACUAGGAAGAUCUUCGGCACUAUCUAGUAGGGCUUACGAGGAGGGAACAAAUCUGAUUUUAGAUUCAGUGGACGAUGAUAUUAUGACAACUAUGCUGAUUUCACUCUCUCUAAUUGCGUCCAGAUCAGCACUCUUGAUUUCUAGGCAGGUAGAUCUGCUUCUAACGUUUUUAAGCGAAGAUAAGUCAUUGUCAUUAAGAGCAACAUCAUUAAGAUGCUUAAACAUUGUUUUAUCAAGAAGUUGGUUUCGUUUUUCUCUUCCUACAAAGCUGAUGACUGCAAUGUUCAACACGUUAAAUGCAGAACUUCAACCAGUGAUGCAGCACGAUGCUAUUCAUAUUUUGUAUGAGAUCCUGAUGUCGAAGUUGUUAAGCAUCAACGGUUCGGAAAUAAACGAAUGUUUUACCAAGAUAUUAACCAUUGUCGAGACUGUAGUGCAAUCUUUGUCACUAUCAAACCGACUCUUUGCCAUUCAUUUUCUAGCAAAUAUAUCUGUAAAGUUCACUAGAAAAAUAGACACGACAUACGAUCGAAAUGAUAAAACUCUCGCAACCCAAGCGAUUUCAUUUCUCGUGGAUCGCAUCACUUUACUGACAAACUCGGUUUUAAACCGUAAUCAACCCAACUUAGAAACGGAGCAAGAAACUCAGAGCUUAUUUAGAACCAUCAAACUUUUGCUUUACAAAUGCCCAAAUCUUGGUGAGUUUGCGUUAAAUAAGCUCCAUCUUUUUGUCAAAUGCCUGCUGCAUAAGGAUAAUGGAACUUUCGGGUCAAAGCUUGUGGUCUGUGUAUCAAAAGUUGUCAACUUGUGUCUAAAAAACACGAUGAAAUAUGGAAAUUUUAGUAGUGAAAUCCAGAAUGUUGCGAGGCUUAUGAUUAACGAUGUUUGUGGAUGCGGUUAUUUCGAUCACUAUGUGCACGUUAUCUAUCAUCUCCUGUUACUAAAAGAAAUAGACGAAUGCAAUAAGGAUCAUGCGUACGUUAUCGAAAAUGAAAUUCUUGCACUUGAGAAAGCGAAGAAGCUUAUGGAAGUGAAAGACUAUUGGUCUGCUUACAAAGCUGGAAAAUACGCGUGUGUCCACGGGGCGUGGUUUAUGGCUGCAUUUAUUUUUGGCGAAUUAUUGACUGUAGUUCAUUCGGAUUCCUGCCAUCAAUGGUUAACAUCUUUGACUUUAUUUGCGUAUUCAGAAAUGAAAAUCCUGUAUUGCAGUUUACCAAAAGAACGGUCAACUUUGUUAAGUUGGUUAGUCGGUAACCGAUCUUCGUCUUUACCGAUAAUAGGAGUUUUAGGUGAAAUAAGCAAAACGACAGAUCAUGAGAUUGAAAAUCUUGAUGUGGUUCGUAAAAUUCUUCAGGUUUCAAAGGAAAUGCUGUCAGCGAAUGACGUCACGCCAAGUGGCCGACACUACUUCCAGAUUCAGUUUUUGGCUCUAAGGGCAAAUGUUAUAGAAAUUGCGGUUCACGUCUUUAAUGAAAUUAGCAAAGGGCAAAACAGUCAUUUGCAACAUGGUGCAUCAUCGGUUCAACCACUUACACAACUAUCCACACGGUUAAUGAAAUUAGCACACGGGUAUGAUUUAGUUGCCACGUCAUUUAUGAACAUGGACCCCACAAGUACAACCAUCAUUUCUUCUCAUGCGCUAAGUUGUUCACUUUUGGCCUUUAUUACCGGAUUCUCGCUUUUCUUUCAGUUCGAAAAUGUUGAUUUACAGAGUGAUUUACACGCUAUGCUUAUAAACGAUCUAGUGGGUCGGCUUUGGUGUAUAGACCGGGAGACUAGCAAAGAGCUUUUGUUGCUUUUAAAGACUUGUAUUGGUCAACCUAAGAGCUGCUUUGGUCAACUGUCCAAAACUCGGAGGCUGGAAAAUACAUAUGAAGUAACAAGUAUUAUAAAGAUUUGUCGUUUUGCUGUCGAGAGAGUUGUUGACAUUCAAAAUGCGGCAAAAAGAAUGCAUGAAAAUGACGAUGAGAUUCAAUCGCAAAUAGUUAAUGAUGGAUUGGAGCUUCAGCUAGAUGUUUUAAAGAAGUGGUUAAAUGUCUCUUUCAUGACACCAACAUACUAUUUCAGUUUAAGGCCUUGUGUAUCUUGCCAGCUGUUUGCCAUGAAUCGAGACUCUCAAAACGGUGCAAAGAUCUCUGUUCUGCCAGGACAUCAACUUCAUCUAGAUCUAUGUCUUCAAUUAAACGACGUUUUACCAGAGUCCCGAGCUCGGAUUACCAAACUUUAUUGCAUCCUUAAGUGUAAAAUAUCCUAUCGGCAACCUAGUCAAAGUCAAGACGUUAAAAGUCAAACAAGGAUGAAAAUUCAUGAUUGGGCAGAUGAUGCCGUUUUAGAAUUAAACGACAAGCUAAUCAAGUAUGUCAACAAGUGUGAGAAAGAUGACGAUGGGCGGAUUACAGAAUCAGUAGUUUGUUUUAGACUUAAUGAAAAAGGCCAAGGGUUCUCGACGUGCAUGCUUAAUGUUUCUAUGUUUCCUUUGGGUUCGUAUGAGAUUAAGUGGCGUGCUGGUUGUUUGGAUAUUGAUGGUUGUUAUUGGAGUCUGAAUUCUUCGAGUUCUGGUCCAGUUUUUACUGUACAAAAACCUUGUUAAAUGAGGUGAUUUGGAAUUUAACUGUUUUACUGCAGA